AUGAAGGCCAACCACAGCACAGAGGAGCGCUUCCUCCUGCUGGGUUUCUCCGACUGGCCCUCCCUGCAGCCUGUCCUCUUCGCCCUUGUCCUCCUCGGCUACCUCCUGACUCUGACGGGCAGCUCGGCGCUAGUGCAGCUGGCGGUACUCGAUCCACGCCUGCACACGCCCAUGUACUACUUCCUCUGCCACCCGGCCCUGGUGGACGAGGGCUUCACCACGAGCGUGGGGCCACCGCUGCUGGCCGACCUGCGCGGCCGGGCGCUGUGGCGGGAGCUCGGCCCCCGCCUGGCCCAGCUGUGCGCGUCGCUGGCGCGGGACUCGGCCGAGUGCGUCCUGCCGGCGGUGAUGGCUCUGGACCGCGCGGCCGCCGUGUGCCGCCCGCCGCGCCUCCGCCGCUCGCUGGCCCGCGCCUCCUGGCUCGGCGGCCUCACCAACUCUGCGGCGCAAACGGCGCUGCUGGCGGCUCGGCCGCUGUGCGCGCCCCGCCGGGUGGACCACUUCAUCUGCGCGCUGCCCAAGCUGCCCAAGCUGACCUGCGGCGGCGGCGGCCAAGACUCCGCCGAGCGCCAGAUGUUUGCUGCCCGCGUGGUCAUCCUGCUGGCGCCGUCCGCCGUCAUCCUGGCCUCCUGGGGCGCCGUGGCCCGCGCUGUAUGGGGCAUGAGGACCGGAGGGAGCCGCAGGAAAGCGGUGGGCACCUGUGGGUCCCAACUGACAGCCCUCUGCCUGUUCUGUGGCUCAGCCAUCUACAGCUACGUGCAACCCACUCACAGCUACAACCAACAGCGGGGCAAGUUCAUUUCGCUUUUCUACACUGUAAUCACACCCGCCCUCAACCCACUCAUCUACACCCUCAGGAAUAAGGAAGUGAAGGGGGCAGCGAGGAGGGUCCUGGGGAGCCUUCGGAGAGGGCAAGCUAGACAGUGA